AUGGACGAAUUAGUGGAAACUGUGAUAACCUGGGGUGGAGACGAAGUCAUAUUUGCUUUCAUCUACCUCAUCACUCCGCACCUCUUCCUCUUCACAGUGAAGGACGUGGCGGCCGACAAGAUUAGCGGGAGUGAUGGGCAGGACGAGUUCGACUUCAUCAUUGUCGGUGCCGGAUCGUCGGGGUGCGUUCUGGCCGAUAAAUUAUCAGAGGGAGGCAACUUUACCGUGUUGGUGUUGGAGGCGGGCGGUUACCCGAGUCCGGUCCAAUCCCUUCCGACGCUUGCCUACUCAAUGUUCAACCAGCCAGGGACGGACUGGAAGUAUGAUACGGAACCGCAAGUGGGGGCAGCAAAAGGGUCGAUCAGCAACAAAAUGGCAUGGCCUUCCGGGAAGGGUUUCGGAGGUUCGAGCAUGAUCAAUGGGAUGAUAUAUGUGCGAGGAAAUGUGCAAGGAUUUGACGAUUUGGCGGAAAAGACGGGCGACAAGAGAUGGAGUCUCGACAACUUGUUGAAGUAUUACAAAGAGUUGGAAAACUAUGAGGGAUGGUACAAUACUGGGGGGGAUGCAGACCAACAUGGGCACGAGGGUCUCCUCAGCAUCCAGAAAUCCUCUCUGGCACCCUUCGUGGAAAACUUGAUGCGAGCCGGGGAGGAGCUCGGAUAUCGGGAGCGGGAUCCAAAUCCAGGCGGCCCCAAUACAGAAGGUUUCGAACGUUUUGCCAAAAUGGAUUUAUACCUGACGGAAAAUGGGAGGAGGUCGGAUGCCUAUCAUAAUUUCUUGAAACCUGUCAUGCCUCGCGCAAAUUUAGCUGUGAGGAGAUUUUCACACGUGACCGAAAUCCUAUUUCGCCCCAACACCACGGUGGGUGUUCGGUAUUUGAAUAAUGGAAAGACGUUCGACGUGAAGGCGAGGAAGGAGGUCAUCCUAAGUACGGGGGCCAUCGGGACGCCGCAGAUACUAAUGCUGUCUGGAAUAGGGCCGAAACACCAUCUCGAUGAAUUGGGGAUCCCGACAAGACUCGACCUUCCCGUCGGGGAGUAUCUGCAAGACAAAUAUGGCGCCAUGAUAGGUCCUUUUCAAGUUGCUCGUCACAAGUCGCUCAUCGUCGGGCGGGAUUUGACCGCUGCCGGCCUUCUCGAGUGGCUAAAACGAGGAACCGGCCCUUUAAAGACGGCCUUAUCCCAGGCAACACAUGCCCACAUUUCGAAAUCGGCACGGCUCGAUAAUCGAAUCAGCGCGCCGGACGUGCACACCUACAUUUUGACAAUUCCGCUAAACAAAGAGCUGGAGAAGAGGGUGCAGGAGACAUUUAAUUGGAAGGAGGAAACGCUCCAGUUUUUCGCGGAGGGAGCAAAGUCCGACAGUUUUAUACAAAUGGUGUGCCUUGAGAGACCUCUGGGAAGGGGGGUUGUCCGCCUAAGGAAUCGCAGUCCACUCAGCAAUCCCAGCAUUAAUCCCAAGUACUUUCAGGAUGAGAGAGACUGCAGGGCGAUAGUGGAGGGACUACAAUUUGCAGUGGACGUGGUGGAAAAUACUACCGCGUUUGCCGACAUUGAUGGCCACCUGGCUCCUAUUCAGUUCCCGGCCUGUGUGGAUGUUCCCUUUAAGUCGACCGCAUACUACGAAUGUCUCGCUCGCCAUGUGACCGUGACAGCGUACAAGUACUCGGGAACUGCACCUAUUGGGAGGGACGACGGAACGGAUGUGGACGCCGUGGUGGAUACACGACUGCGAGUUCUCGGGGCAACCAGGUUAAGGGUGGUGGAUGGUUCUGUUCUUCAGCAUAAGUAUAUGUCGGUCACAAUAUGGUCACAACUUCCUCGCGUCCUGGAGAAACCUUCCAGGAAGAAUCAGAUCAAAUGUCGCCCACUCAACAAGCACUGUCAAACCAAUUGCCCCGAAAUUCAAUUCGUCUCCGUUCACGGGGUGGGAUCCUUGUUACAUAACGUGCUCCUCAGAUGGGCCCCCAACCUGAGAAAAAUCGUGCUCGUGAUGGACGAUAAGAUCAACAGUUUGCGUUCCCGGGUUGACCGAGCGGCCGAAAUAGAAGGGCACGGUAGGACCCCGAUUAAACCAAUGUUGGAAACGAUUCAUUAUAUUCGCGCCGACGUGGAACGAUUCCUCACCCCACGGUGUACCGCGAAAAUGCAAGACUUUGUUCAAGAGAUUACCACAGCGGCGGUAAAUUUGAAAGAUUUUAUAAUUCGGGACGCAUUUUGCCCCAUGCUGAGCGGUAAGGUUGUUCUGAAGAAAUUAAAAUGUAACUGGUAUCAACCCGGCGAGAAAUUACCAAUAUCCGGUUUGGGCUAUCUUACCAAACUUCUGGAAGCGGCGGCCGACUCGCUUGAAGAGCUUGAACUUAGCGGUACGUUCGAAGUUGAGACGUCCUUAGACGCGUUAAAGGUCGGUUUCGCCCUACCGCGAAUGAGGAAGCUGAAAAGUUUCAAAAAUUGGCGGGUCGAUGUCUUCGAGUGA